GCUGGGCCGCAGCCGCACUGGGCGGGGCGCCGGGCGGCGGUCACGUAGCUCCGAGGUUUCCCGGCGGUGUUUGCGCGCGAGUCGGUUGGUUCCUGCAUCCCCGUCUUCGCCGUCCCUCGCCAUCAUGCCGAUGUUCCUGGUGAACACCAACGUGCCCCGCGCCUCUGUGCCGGACGGGCUCCUCUCCGAGCUCACCCAGCAGCUGGCGCAGGCCACUGGCAAGCCGGCGCAGUACAUCGCGGUGCACGUGGUGCCGGACCAACUCAUGGCCUUCGGGGGCUCCAGCGAGCCGUGCGCACUCUGCAGCCUGCACAGCAUCGGCAAGAUCGGCGGCGCGCAGAACCGCUCCUACAGCAAGCUGCUGUGCGGCCUGCUGGCCGAACGCCUGCGCAUCAGCCCGGACAGGAUCUACAUCAACUACUACGACAUGAACGCGGCUAACGUGGGCUGGAACGGCUCCACCUUCGCCUGAGUGUCGCGCCCCGGGCUCCCCUGCCCGCGUCCCGCAACCUGCGCGCGGUUUUCUGCCCGCCCCGCCCCAGCGACCCCACCUACCGGGACGGAGAAAUAAACGGUGUGGAGACUGGG